GCCACUGUAGCACGGUACCUCUAGCCCGGGGCCUUCGUCCUCUUCGUCCUCCGAGGAUCCUCGCGCCACCCCGUUUCGCGCGAAAACAAAUCUUUCGAAUCAAAUCGGGUCAAAAAUUCGCUCGAUCUCGGGAUCGGCUUCCUUUUUCUCUCCAAGGAAAGGACAGGCUCCCUCUUUCUUUCGCGGGUGCGAAGAUCCAGGGGUGAACGCGCGCGACAAAGCUGCAAAUCCCAAAGUCCUCUCGACGAUCGCGACGCUGUCGUUGCGCUUUUGCCAGCCCGAAAAUGAUGAGCUCGACGUUGAUGAUUCUCGUGUCGGUGACGGCGAUAGCGGCCUUUUCCGGCGAAGCUAUGUGGCCCGUUCAGUGCAAUUCCGGAUUCCUCGAGGAACUUCCGCCCAGACUACGUAAAAUCUGCUUCGCCUUCGCCAGAAUGUUGGACACCAGGGUGAUGAACAGUUUCGUCGACGACAGAGAAUAUCGAGAAAACUUGCCUCGUUAUGACAGCAGUGUCAAGAGGCAAGACGUCGAUCACGUUUUCUUGCGCUUCGGUUAAAAACAACGGCCUGCUCUGUAUUCGCACUAGAGAUAAACGAUCUCAAAAGUU